AUGGACGACGAAGCUAUAGAAAAUCAGCUUAAUCUGGACGUAUCCGAGUUCGAGGAUGAUGACGGCGAUGAUGAUAUCGAUGAUGUGGAUUAUCGACCUCGGGGCCGAAAUCGUCAAUCGGACAAUUCAGCAGAAUCGUCUUCUGAUUCUGAAGGUGUGCUUACAGUUUCAAGUCCUGCGAUUUCUAAUUCUUCUGUUACGCGAGGGAGGAGCUUACAGCGUCGAGGUAGCCGUCGUGGUCGAAGAGUUUUUUCGAUUUCUCGAGCAAGUAGUAGAAGAGGAAGUUCAUCUCGUGGGAGAUUGUUGGCAAUGACGAUGGACAAUUUGGAGGUUGGAAAGAAAAAGAUUUUAAUCCUGAUAUAA